AUGGCGGUGUUCUGCGACCUGGAGGACGACGAGUGCUCAUCCCGCAGUCGAUCGCGCUUCGAUGCAGAUUCAUCUUCCUGUCACGAUCAGCUGAGACUGGCUGGAAAGGCAGACUCCGGUACAGCCAGCAGGCAUGGUCAUAUCAAGAACGUCAUGGUUCAAGCAUUGACUACCAAUAAACUGGCCGCCCUUCUGACAUGCUACCCUGUUGCGCUGUCCCUGUCGUCCCACCUCGACCUCAACGAUUUACACGCUUUGGCAGCGACCUGUCAUGGCGUACAUGCAAGCCUCACGCAGUACGCCCGCCAACUGAAGUCUCAGUCACUUCGCUGUAGCCAUGACGGGACGCCGGGUCUCGCGGCCUCACAGACGCAGGCGCGCAGCGAAGCCUCUGGGCGAGAACCGGUUCAUACGCAACCUACUGGACUCUACGCUUCCAUGGCCGUUUCAAGCAAAAUCAGCUCUUGUGCGCGAGACCUGGUCGCCCCAUGUAGAAAAUGUGGGAGGAUUGUCUGUCGGAAUUGCGCCGUCAAACCUCUUAGCAACAUCAGACUGAAGGAGCGACUACGCAGAUUAUGCAAGACAUGCCUCGAUGCACCGAUCGAAGCACACUUCCACGGUCUGAACCCCCCUGAGGAUCCGAUCGACGUUAGUACUCAUACUUUCACCUCAUCGGCCUUUCUCCGUGGCCCGUGUACCUGCGAGUCUCGCGGUGUGUUCCUGUGCGCUCCCUGUGGGGGGAAUCUACGAGCCGCAGAUACCACCUAUCAGAGGGUAUUCACAUGGCGCUCACGCUACAGUACGCACAUUGGUGGCGGACUCGGUACGGGAUUAGGCCUGGGCAAUCAAGGUCAGAAGUGUGGGCGCGGGGCGUCUUGUCUGGACACAAGUAGCGAAGCAGUAUGCUGGGUUGAAACCGACUGUUUGGAGGACAAGUCCCAGGAUACUGCAGAUCAUGACGGCCAUAGCCUCAGCCGAGUAGGCACCCCAGAUUCGUCUAGCAACAAGCCUGGAUAUCUCCAACAAGAAGUUGAGGGCAUAGGAGGCGUCCUCAAGAAGAAGGUGAAGAGGAGAGUCAAGACUGGAGCUUGCACCUAUGAAUACGCAGACGAGCGUGAAAGUGGCAAGUAUCUACAGCGAGAGCGUACAGGGGCAGUACGGAGUUGGUGCGGGUGGUGUGCCAGAGUUGUGCCUUCUCUCAAGGACAAGCAGGAGCCAUGCAUGGAUCAGAUGGAGGUCUAA